CCCGCCUUUCCCUUCUUUCUUUUUUGUAUAUUUCACCUAAGCUUUCAAAUAUACCAUUCACCAUGGCGACUCCUGCUCAGAACAUUGUGGUCCCUUCGGACAAACUCAACAAGUCAAUCACUGCCAGCCACAGCGUCUCUACGUCGCCAUCUGCGACGUUCCAGUUCCAGUCGCCGUCAUCAAGCUUUGGCGCCCUGCAGGCGAAACGGGCAGCCAGCGCAGCAAAGCCAUUGAAGCCAUUCGAUACCCAGGAUGUCAAGAUUUUACUCCUGGAAAAUGUGAACGAAACUGGAAUUUCCAUUCUGGAGAGUCAAGGGUACCAAGUCGAGGCCAUUAAGACUUCGUUGCCCGAGGACCAACUGAUCGAGAAGAUUCGUAACGUCCAUGUUAUCGGUAUUAGAUCGAAAACAAAGCUCACGGAGGCGGUUCUUCGGGAAGCCAAGAACUUGAUUGUCAUCGGCUGCUUCUGCAUCGGAACAAACCAGGUCGAUCUCGAAUAUGCCGCGAGACACGGUAUUGCAGUCUUCAACUCCCCUUUCGCAAACUCGCGAAGUGUUGCGGAACUUGUCAUUGGAGAAAUCAUCUCCUUGGCCCGCCAACUGGGAGACCGCUCGAACGAGUUGCACAACGGCACCUGGAACAAAGUGAGCAACAAAUGCUGGGAAAUUCGUGGCAAGACUCUGGGUAUAAUUGGCUACGGUCACAUUGGAUCACAGUUGUCGGUUCUGGCAGAGGCCAUGGGCAUGUCCGUCAUCUAUUACGACGUCCUCAGUUUGAUGGGGAUGGGCACAGCAAAGCAGGUCCCUACCCUGGAUGCACUGUUGGAGCAGGCCGAUUUUGUCACUUGCCACGUACCUGAGCUGCCAGAGACCACAAAUCUUAUCAGCGUCAGACAGUUCGAGAAGAUGAAGACUGGGAGCUACUUGAUCAAUGCAAGCCGUGGCUCUGUUAUUGAUAUCCCUGCUCUCAUCAACGCAAUGCGCAACGGAAAGGUUGCUGGUGCCGCUUUGGACGUGUACCCCACUGAGCCAGCUGCGAAUGGCGACUACUUUACAAACAAUUUGAACGCUUGGACCGAGGACUUGAGGUCGCUAAAGAACAUCAUUCUUACCCCGCACAUCGGAGGAAGCACUGAAGAAGCCCAGCGGGCAAUUGGAGUUGAAGUCGCCGACGCCCUUGUCAGAUACGUCAACCAGGGUGUGACGUUGGGUGCCGUGAACUUGCCCGAAGUCAACCUUCGUUCAUUGACCUUGGACGAGCCAAACCAUGCUAGAGUCAUCUAUAUCCAUCACAACGUCCCCGGUGUGCUGAGGAAAGUCAAUGCGAUCUUGGGAGACCACAACGUUGACAAGCAAAUAUCUGAUAAUAAGGGCGAUGUUGCCUACCUAAUGGCCGAUAUCAGCAAUGUCAACCUGAAUGAUAUCAAGGAGAUUUCUGAUGCGUUAGAAGGCCUGCAGUCUCGCAUCCUGACCCGUAUUCUGUAUUAAACCAUAGAUGCUAUCGGGCAGCACAAAAAUUUGGAUUAUUUUACAAGGUCGGCGCGAGGUGCGAGAGGGGAUGGAAUUCAACACUUGUAGAUGAAAAUUGUAGCGAAAUUGGAUCUGAAUAUACGCUUUUAUUAAAUGGUAUCAAUCAACUGUAAAAGAC